ACUUCAAAGAGGCUGGUCAACCACACAAACACAUGAAUACGAAAGUUGAGAAAGUACAUAAUGGCUAAGCAAACAUCGAUAUGUCAACACUGCUAUAUACGACUUUGAGAAAUAGAAGUGAAGGGACGUUCAGAAGGACCAAACAUGAUCAACUUGAAUCUUCUAUUAAUCAUAAAUAAGUAAAUUCUCUGAAGUGCCUUCAUGAGCGAAUUACUCGUUUACCAUUUUCAACGAUACUUUGUAGUAAUGCGCGUGAUCUACAUGUGCAUCUCACACCUCUUAUCAACAAGGAUCACAGAGCUUGGAUCUCCUAGACAUUUUCUACAAUGUACCAUGAAAAAUCGAAGAUUGGAACAAUCUUUCACAUGGUUUCUCGUGAAGUGAAAAUCAAUUACUUCGACUGAGCAAAAGGAAGAAAGAAAAAAGAGGCAAGAAUUAAGAGGCAUAAUGGCUACUGCGACGUCUUCGAAUGAAGCAAGUAGUGCUAUGCAAAUGCUGACAGAUGAAUAUCAGCGAUUACAAAAUGCUAUACCGCGUCCUCUAAGUGAAAUGCAGCUAUUUGUUCUCCGUCAUAUUCAAGAGCAAUACGAGAACUUGCAAAAUAAAUGCUUGCAAGAAGAACGGGAGCACUUGGCAGAAAGUGAAGCUUGGAAAGAAGAGUGCAAUCGUAUGAGAGAGAUUUUACAAGAUGCUUAUAGACUGUUGCAAGAGAAAGAAAACUUGAACAAAUUACAAAAGAAAUAUGAUGACUUAUUCAGAGAAAAUGAUAUUUUAUUAAAAGAGAAAAGAGAACAAGAAAAUACUUCUAAAGAAGAGAUUGAUUCUCUUCUAACAGAAAACGAAACUCUAAAAGCAGAAAGACGGGAACUGAAAGAGAAUAUUUGCCACUUAAAUACCGAUUUAGACAUCUUGCGUUCUGAUGCAGGAUCAUUAGAGAACCGUGAGUUUAGAUAUCAACGUCAAAUUGAAAAACUUGAUGGCGAUAAUAAAAGCUUAUUAGAAAAAAUAACGCAUUUACAGCAACGAAUGCGAGAUGAGGAUGAAAACAACGAAAAAUUGAAACGAGACAAUGAACAGCUCCAUCAAGCAAGUAACGAAAAGGAUGAAUGGCGAAAAGAAGUAGACAAUUUGAAUGAAAAAUAUUGUUCACUUCGAGCACAUUGCACUGCUGUAGAAGGUGUCAGAAGUAAAUUGCAAGAACAAAUCAAUUCAUUAAAAACUCAAAAUCAAAUUCUUGGUGAUGAAAGGAAUAAUUUAAAAAGUCUAAGCCAUCAACGAAAGAUUGACUGUGAAGAGCAAAUUAAACAAUUACGAGCAAGUUCUUCAGAGCAGAAAGAAAACUUUGAACAACGGUUAAACUCUAUUCAAAAUGAGAAGUUGGUUGCCGAGCAACGACUUCAUAAAUUAAUUGCUGAAAAGGAACAACAAUUGAGUCGAUUGCAAGCUGCUUUGGAUAAGUUAAGUUCAGAAAAUUCGAGUAACAAGGAAAGGCUAUCAACUUUAACCCAGCAAUAUAGCAUUUUAGAAAAUGAAUCUAAAAACAUACGUGAGCAUAAUAACUAUCUGAUGGGUACACUUAAAACCUUGACCGAGGAAAAUGCCAGUUUGCAGUCACAGGAAAGGCACAAUGUUCAGCUAGAAAAUAAAAUUCAAUCGAAAGAUAGGGAAAUUAAAAAUUUAAAAGAAAAUUUUGAAAAAGCUAAGGAUUUAAAACAACAGCAAAUGCAUGAAUUAGAGGAGCGACAUAAACAAUUGCUCAAGUCUCAACUCGACGAAAAUAAAGAGAAAUUUGAUAAACAAUUUUGCCAAUUAAGUGCAGAGUAUUUUUUACUUCGCGCCAAUUGUAAAAAGUUGGAAGAAGAAAAAGACAAACGAGCGGAAGAAGUGUUGUCGUUGAGCAAUGAAAAUGAAGAGUUGAACGGCAAAAACUCAAGUUUAGAAGAAAAGCUUAGACAGGAAGCUUGUUUAAAAGAACAGCAAAGGUCUAUGCUAGAGGAAAGACUUACGCAAUUACAAGCGAAAUACUCCGUAGAAAUAGAUUACUUAAAGAGUCAAAUCAAUUCUCUUCAACAAGAAAAAUUCGCCGGCCAACGUGUAUUUAAUGAAAAGGAGCAGCUAGUGAAGCAAUUGCAAGAUGCUCAUUAUCAGUUAACGCAACAAAUUAACGUUUUAACGGAGCAAUUAAACAGCCUGAGAGAGAACGAUUUAAAGCUUCUACAAGGCGAAAGGGAACAUCAGCUUAAAAAGAUAACAGAUCUAUGUAGCACAAUAUCGGAAAAGGAAAAAGUAAUAACAGCUCUAUGCGCACAUAAUGAAAACAUACAGUUAGAGAAAAGCAACUUGAAAGAACAACUGGAGAAUUCUGCAAAGGAAGUUGAAAUGAUAUCCGGUUCUAAGGCAAAAUUGCAAGAAAUGUAUGAUGCACUAAAUUCAAAACUGCAUAUGUUGCUUGAUAAAGCAGGUCGUUGCACUCGCACAUUGCAAUCUACAUUAAAUCACAAGGAACAAACGCUGGAUAAUCAAUUGAGACAAUUCAAUAGAUUACAUCAAGAAUUCGAAAAUGAUAAAUCAUUUCUUAUGGAAGAGAGUAGAAAAAAAAAUUUGGAGAUUAUCAAGUUGCAAAAGGAAAAAGAAAACUUGGAAGAGAUUAUAAAGGAAAUUAAAGAGAGAGAAAGAAAACUACUAGACAUGCAAAGCAAAAAUUUAGGAGCAAAUAGGAGAUCUGAACGUAUUUGUGGGUAUGAUAUUCGACGCUGGCACUCAUAUAUAAAGCAUGACAAGGGCACAAUGACAACAGAGUGUGCAGAAGUAGAGGUAGAAACCAUUUUGCCGACAAAUCAGAGCCAAAACAACGCUAUUAACGUUAAAUUGAAAAAUUACUUACCAAAGUCCAAAAGCUUUAUUUUACAAAAACCUUCGACAGAAGACCAUACGAAGUGCCAAAGAGAGCUGAGUCGCUGCAAAUUAAAUUUCUCCAAUGCCGAAUUGCAAAGUGAAGAAGAUCUGCUUGACUCGCAUACCGGCAGUGAGGACACAGAAAACUUGGUUCAAAGUUUAGAAGAAAAAGAGAGUUCGGCUCGUGAACUUUAUGAUAUAUCAUUGUCGAUUUUACAGGCGAACCGUAUGCGAUCAUUAAAGAGAAAGUUGAAAUUCACUGAAGCGAAAUACCAAAUAGCCAAAACGUGGAUAGAAUUCAAGCGUGGCGAAAUCCAAAAAUUUGAUCGCGAUGAACUUUAAUUUGAUCUCAAUAUUUUUUUCCAAAUGUCAACAUAUUUUAGCAAAAUAAUGGACCUUAACGAUU